CUUUGAAAAUAUUCUUCCCCUCCUCUCUCCUGUUGUUCUCCAUUUCUUCUCUAGAGAUAGGAACGAAAGAGGAGCCGAGGGCUAGAGGACCUGACCCAAUAGACGGCGAACCGGCAGCGGCGGCGGCUGCGGCUGCGGUGACGGUGACGGCGGUAGCGGUGGCGACGAAGGGAUGUUGCCGAAGGAAUGGACUCCGCCUUGUGGGAGCCUCUGCACGAAGAAAUACGCCAAUCUCGUCCAAAUUCCAUGGAGAGUUUUCUGCAAGAAGGGUUGUGAUACUGAUGGCGAGACCUGGGAAGAAUGUCUAGGAGAGUGCAAAAAGAUUUGCUAUAAGGAUCCAGUUUUCAAGGACCAUCAAUGGAGUGCUUAUAUUGACAGAUCUCCAGGAGAUGACAAUUAUUCUUUGUUUGAUAUUCCCAAUGACAAGGUUGAGCAGGUUCGGCCAAACAGGCCACCAAAGCAGACCACUGUGAGCAAACCCAAACCUGCAGUACCAGAUGUCAAGCCCACUCCAACAACUGAUGAUUUACCUUGCACAUCAGCAUAGCAGUUCCCGUAUACUUUCUCAUCUGAUGCCAUAUACCACUUUCAGGAAGCAUGCGAUAUGGAUGCCAUCCUCUGGUAGCCUGCAAUAUUCCUGCAUCCCCAGACUGGCCCGUUUUAUUGUUCAACUGGGGUUUUCACAACUUGUCUGACUAAAGCUUACAUCAGUGGCUGACCAUGGAACUCCAAGACCAUAAGUUGAACCAUUCAUUAACUGUGUUGCUGUAUUAUAUCAGUGCAGUUAAAUUUUUCUAACUGGCCUUUUCUACAUUGCUGGUAUUAUGGUAUUAUACGGCUUGUGAAUGCAGCAUGUUGCACGCCACAAGCAUGCACUGUUUUACUGUUACGAUUACUGACAUCCAUAACUCUGGGAGCUUAGGAGAACCUUUUUGGCCCGCAUUUAUGAGGCUGCAUUGUGUUCAUAAGUAGAUGAGAAACGUAGAUGUAUUCUGAGCCUAGGUUUGCUGAUUUGCUACUUCUAUUAGAAAGCAUGAUGAUGGAAAGAAAUAGCAUUGGUAGAUUAUUGUGAAUAGCCAUCAUGCUGAUAACCAGCAUCCAUCUGAAUUUUGUUUUUUCCCAGAUGCACUUAUAGACCAUAAAAGCCUUAC